CGUAAUACUUAAGUGAACAACAGCUGUUCUGAAAAUACGUCUUCAUCAUGAAGAACAUGCCUCAUAUAUGCACCAUUGAGAAGCCCAGUUCAGGAAGCUGUUUGCCUACCUUAUCGGAGGAAGCAGGCUUCUGGGAAAGGCAAUGCAGGAAACUGAAAAAAUAUAUGCUUGUAUCUGAUAGAGAUCCCAGGAUUAUCGAGUAUUUUCGAACAACCACAGGACUGAUGAACGAGAAGCGAAGACAGGUUGAAUCUAAAUAUCACUAUAUGAUUCAUCCUUUCAGUGAUAUCAAUUAUAUCCACGAGACAGUGAUGACAGCGGUAUUUUUGUUGAACUUCAUAUCAUUUCCGUUCAUUCUAAGUUUUAAAAGGGGAGAAGUAUUAUGUGUUAAUCCUCUCAAUAUUAUACUAUCUAUAGCCAAUAUUGUAUGCAUUGGGGAUAUUAUUUUGAGAUUCUUCACCGGCUACGUUGAACAGAAAAUGAAAGUAGCUGUUCUGGAUCAGAAGAAAGUGGCCAGGAACUACAUUUUUGGGCCUUAUUUCUUCUGUGACGUUAUCAGCUGUUUACCAACUGAUAUUUAUGGAUACAUGAGACCAGAAUCGAGUGUUGCCUAUUGCAUGCACUACUUGCGUCUUUUCAAACUUGUUCGUUUGAAGACCUUCCUGAAAUGUUUCGACAGAAUUUCUGUUUUUAUUCGAUGGAACAAGAUUUUUCUGGUCAUAAUACGAUAUUGCCUGAUUGUUGGUAUAAUAGUACAUUGGGUGGCUUGCUUGAACUUCUUUUUACCUCAACUAAGAGUUUUGAUGUCUGGGACUCAGCAUAAAUACAGUUGGACUCAUGUGAUAAAUCGAAGACCUCCAAUGGUGAAAUAUCUAGUAUGUCUUUUCCGAACUGCUGGACUCGUUUUGGCUGCCCUCAGUAGCCAACCCGACAAUUUUCCUGGACUCGUUAAUCAGUUUGAUGGGAAGAGAGAUAAUCCCUUGCCCGAAGAAAUAGAAACGUUGGUUCAAACGAGUGAGUUUAUGGAAGAGGCAAUAUUCAACGGGCCGACUGAAGAAAUACUUCUGGACUUUUUCAAUAUAAUAAUUGGAAAGAUUUUUACAUCGGCAUUCGCAGUUAUCAUAAUAUCCCGUAUCUUCGAGAGGUACACCUUGGAAACGAAGUAUCAGGCAAUCAUGAAUCAGCUCAAUGAAUUCAUGAAAAACAAAAAAUUACCCCUGGCGAUGAGAGAUCGUCUCGUUCAAUAUUACGAGCACAGGUAUCAAAAGAAAUAUUUCAAGGAAGAAGUUAUCACAGCUAUUUUAUCAGAAAACCUUAGAAAAGAAGUGAAUAUAAAUGUUUGCAGACAGUUGGUUAAUGUAGUGAACAUUUUCUCUGAACUUCCACCAAACAUUUUAUCCGAUGUGCUUGGACAUUUGAAAGCUGAGGUUUAUCUUCCGAACGACAUCAUUAUAAAAGCUGGAACAGUUGGUGACUGCAUGUACUUCUUGGCCAGUGGAACAGUUUCAGUUUACACACCUUCAGGCAGAGAGGUUUGCCACUUACAAGAUGGGGCGUACUUCGGAGAAAUAGCUUUGAUAUUGAAGAAUACCAAAAGGACAACAGAUAUAAUAGCCAUCGAAGUGUGCGAAGUUUAUAGGUUGGAUAAGAAAGCUUUCAGAUCCUGCUUCAAGUAUGACAGAUAUGGGGUUUUUGAAAAAAUGCAGCAGAUUGCUGAGCAGAGGCUACAGAAAACUGCAUUACUUGAAGAAACUUACAAACUGGAAUUAUUCCAGAAGGCGUAUACAGAAAAGCUGUAGUAUUUCAUUUGGUCGAAAAGAAUUUUUAUCUGUGUUAAUUGUUAAUUGGAAAUUAAUUAAGUACUCAAAUUA